AUGGCGAAACAUACCAAGAAGGUCGGAAUUGUUGGUAAAUAUGGAACACGUUAUGGUGCAUCCCUCAGAAAAAUGGUGAAGAAAAUUGAAAUUAGCCAGCAUGCCAAAUAUACCUGCUCCUUCUGUGGCAAGACCAAAAUGAAGAGACGUGCUAUGGGUAUCUGGCAUUGUGGAUCUUGUAUGAAAACAGUAGCUGGUGGUGCGUGGACCUACAAUACCACCUCUGCAGUGACAGUCAAAUCUGCCAUCAGAAGACUGAAGGAAUUGAAAGACCAGUAACAAAUAUCUGUAGCCCAGAGUCCAUCAAUAAAUGGGUUAAUUUAUGUAAUAAAAAU